AUGGGCUUUUUAAGUCCAAUAUGUGUCAUUUUCUUCUUUUUUGGAGUCAAAGUAUAUUGCCAAUAUGAAACUUAUCAAUGGGAUGAAGACUAUGACCAAGACCUGGAUGAUGAUUACCAAACAGAAUUCCAAUUUCAUCAAAGUGUAGAAUAUGGAGUUCCUUUUCAUCGGUAUACUUUAGGCUGUGCCAGUGAAUGCUUCUGUCCAAUUGACUUUCCAUCAUCAAUGUACUGUGACAAUCGCAAACUCAAGACUAUCCCGAAUAUUCCGAUGCAUAUUCAGCAACUCUACCUUCAGUUCAAUGAAAUCGAGGCUGUGACCACAAAUUCAUUCAUCAAUGCAACUUAUCUUAAAGAAAUUAACCUCAGCCACAACAAAAUUAAAUCUCAAAAGAUUGAUUACGGUGUGUUUGCUAAGUUUUCAAAUCUACUACAACUUCAUCUAGAACAUAACAAUUUAGAAGAAUUUCCAUUUCCUCUUCCUAAAUCUCUGGAAAGACUCCUUCUUGGUUACAAUGAAAUCUCCACACUGCAGACAAAUGCCAUGGACGGUCUAGUAAACUUAACCAUGCUUGACUUGUGUUAUAAUCGUCUUCAUGAUUCUGUGUUAAAAGACAAAAUCCUUGCCAAAAUGGAAAAAUUAAUGCAGCUGAACCUAUGUAAUAACAGAUUAGAAUCAAUGCCUCCUGGUUUGCCUUCUUCACUUAUGUAUCUAUCUUUAGAAAAUAAUUCAAUUUCUUCUAUACCAGAAAAAUACUUCGACAAACUUCCAAAACUUCAUGCUCUAAGAAUGUCACACAACAAACUGCAAGACAUCCCAUAUAAUAUUUUUAAUCUUUCCAACCUUAUAGAGCUCAACGUUGGACACAACAAAUUGAAGCAAGCACUCUACAUUCCAAGAAAUUUGGAACACCUAUACCUAGAAAAUAAUGAAAUAGAAAAGAUCAAUGUUACAAUGAUGUGUCCAUCUAUUGACCUGCUACAUCUCCACCAUUUAACAUACCUUCGUGUGGACCAAAAUAAGCUACAAGAACCAAUAAGCUCAUACAUUUUCUUUUGCUUCCCUCAUUUACAUACUAUUUACUAUGGUGAACAAAGAAGCACUCAUGGUCAAACAAUACAACUGAAAACACAGGUUUUCAGGAGAUUUCAAGAUGAUGAUGAUGAUGAUAGUGAUGAUCAUGAUAAUUCUGAUGGAGCUCACGAGGACCAAGAAGCAGCAGCAGCAGAAGGGCACUUUGACCCUCAUUAUUAUUAA